AUGGCCAAAGAAAAACUUCAUGACGAAAAUAAUAAGAAUGUUCAUUUGAGGUUGCUUGGUAAAAGAGGUAGAGAUGGAAGAACUAAUAAUCUUCCUUCUGUGUCUGAGGUUGCUGUUCUUAUUGUGGGAAAUUUAGAUGAAGCUUUUGGUGAUAGAGACAUUAUAAUAGAAUAUAAGUCUGAGAAAUUGCAGCGUAUAAAUGAGCUCCAUCCUUCUUAUCUUCCACUUCAAUAUCCUCUUUUAUUCCCAUAUGGUGAGAAUGGUUAUACAGAUGACAUUCCAUUUGCGAAAUCUACUGGACAUGAUUCUACAAGUCGUAGGAGUCGAAUUAGUCCAAUAGAAUAUGUUGCAUAUUGGUUACAUGAACGAGUUGAUGAGUAUUCUACCAUUCUUUUCUCACGAAAAUCAUCUCUGUGUAUGGCUAACGGAAGAUGUACGAAAUACUUCCCUAAGAGGUAUAUUGCAGAAACCAAUUUUGAUGAUGAUGGUUAUCCUAUUUACAGGGGUAGAGAUAAUGGCCGUGUUAUUUUGAAGGAUGGGGUGCCUUUAGAUAAUCGAUUUGUAGUUCCACACAAUCGGUUUCUUCUUAUGAAGUAUGGAGCAAAUAAGAAAUUUGUGGAAGGCAAAGAUCUCACUUAUGAAGUAUUCCCCACAAGUUUGUAUGGAACACUGAUCAUUGGAAACUUCAAAAGCAAAGAUAUUAAGUGUGUUAAUGGUAUUCAGUAUGCUACAUUUCGAGAUGCUUGCUAUGCAUUGGGGUUGUUGGACGAUGAUAAAGAAUACAUUGAUGGCAUUACCGAUGCUUCUUUUUGGGCUUCGGCUCAUUCAAUACGAUUUUUGUUUGUAAGUUUGUUACUAUCAGAAACCAUUGCACGGCCAGAUAUUGUGUGGACAAGCUCUUGGAAAUAUUUAUGCGAAGAUGUUGUCCAUAAACAACGCAAAAUCUUACAUCAUCCAGAUUUGUUGUUGGGGGACGAUGAGAUUCAAAAUUUAGGAUUGCUUGAGAUUGAGAAAUUGUUAGUUAACGGUGGAAGAACUUUGCAUGAAUUUCAUUCGAUGCCAUAUCCAAGGAAACAAUCAUUGGCAAGUUCUAUUAAUAGAUUGAUUACUGAUGAGCUAUGUUAUGACCGGGAAGCCUUGGCAAGAGAGCAUGUAAUCUUUGUCUCGAAGUUCACUGAUGAACAACACCAAGUGUAUGAUACGAUAAUGUCUGCUGUCAAUUCUAAUCACGGUGGACUAUUUUUUGUUUAUGGGUAUGGAGGCACAGAAAAAACUUUCAUUUGGAAGACAUUGUCAGUGGAUAUUCGUUCAAAAGGUUAUAUUGUUUUGAACGUGGCUUCCAGUGGUAUUGCUUCGCUAUUGUUACCUGGUGGGAGAACAACUCAUUCUCGGUUUAAGAUUCCUAUCAAUCCUAAUAAAGAUUCAAUCUGCAAUAUAAAACAAGGUAGUGCAUUAGCUGAGUUGAUUGUGAGAGCAAAACUUAUUAUAUGGGACGAAGCUCCUAUGGUUCACAAACACUGUGUGGAAGCUGUUGAUUGGAGUUUGCGUGACCUUAUGAGCGUAUGCAAUGAGUUGAGCAUGGAGAUGCCAUUUGGUGGGAAAACUGUUGUUUUGGGGGGUGAUUUUAAACAGAUUUUACCAGUUGUGCCUAAAGGUAGCCGACAAGAUAUUGUGAACGCUACUAUUAGCUCAUCAUAUCUUUGGAGUAGUUGCAAAGUUUUGAGGUUGACUAAAAAUAUGCGAGUUCUUGGUAUUAAAUCUGGCGAGGAAGCAUCGAAAUUGAAGGCAUUUUCUAAGUGGAUUGCAUCUAUUGGAGAUGGAGUUAUUGGUGGUCCAAAUGAUGGUGAAAACAUUGUUACAUCUAUUUAUCCUUCAUAUAUGAACAAUCAAGAUUUGAGCUGCCAUUUGCAUGAUCGAGCUAUACUUGCUCCAACGUUAGAUGUGGUUGACUUUGUUAAUCAAUAUAUGAUUUCGUUGGAUCAAUCGGACGGUCGUGUUCAUCUGAGCUCGAAUAGCAUAUCUAAGUCUGAUCAAAGUUCUAAUGGUUUCGCGGAGAUACAUUCGAUAGAAUUUUUGAAUAAUCUUAAGUGCUCUGGUACACCAAAUCAUGAGUUGUUGUUGAAUGUUGGUACUCCUGUUAUGCUAUUAAGAAACAUAGAUCAUGCUAACGGAUUGUGUAAUGGGACACGACUGAUCAUUACGCGUUUAGGUGAUCAUGUUUUAGAAGCUAAAGUCUUGAGUGCUAAUAAUCAAGGCUAUAAAGUGUUGAUUCCUCAGAUGUCAUUAACACCUUCUGAUCCUAGGUUGCCUUUCAAGUUUCAACGUCGACAAUUUCCUUUGUCGGUGUCGUAUGCUAUGACAAUUAACAAGAGCCAAGGUCAAUCUCUUGCGCAUGUGGGAUUAUUUUUAAAAAGACCUGUCUUUAGCCACGGCUAA